AUGGACAUCGAUCUCUCCAAAUGGACAAUUGCCUUCAACGCGGAAACAAACCAGGACUCCGAGCUCGUGUGGCCCAGAACUCCCGAUCUCAGCCAGUCGGCUAUCUCGCUCAAUUCGAGCCUGCAGCUCAGCUUUUCCUCCGCAGAUAUAAUGAUGGGAGAUCUGGUGAAGUUUGGUUCAGAGACUGACGUGGGCUCUGUGCAACGAAGCACGGACUUCGCGAGAGCGGUCUCUGUCCUUGGUGAAGAACAAGGAAUACUUCUCCAGCCUGACUUUGAGUUUGAUGAAGAUGGAAAUUUAGUUGAGCUUGGAGGGCCUCAUCUCCGAGGUGAGGUUAGACAGCGGAAGGAACACAGGUUGAUCAGUGAAACGCCUGUAUUCGGUGCGUUGGGAGACAAUGCAGUGAAUGGUGUCUUUGGUGAUGAUCAAGUGAGUACCCGGACUCUGACUUUGGGAUUCAUCUGA